UCAGGGCUCAGCUGACCCACUGUAUGGCUGACCUGUCCCUCCCUGUGCUGGUCCUAGCUGGACUGGGCCUGUUCCUCUCCUCCAGGGACAGGACGCAGGGUGUUGUUCCCUGGCUUCUGAUGGCCAUGCUGCUACUGUACUUCCUGUUCUUCACCUGGAGAGCCAACCUGGACACCAGCAGACCCCUACUGCUGGGAGUGUCUCUCUGCAGGUGGAGCGGUUCUGGCUUCAGAGUGAUGCUGUGGUGUGUGUGCUGUCUGGGCCUGAAAUGGACACACAGGCCUGGAGAGGAGGCUAGGCCAUGGGGGUCUGUGGAGGGCCGGAGGCUGGCUCUUCACUAUAGGUCUCCUGGUACACAUGGUACGCUCCAACCAUCGGUAGACAUCGUAUCCAGUAAAAUCAACUGACUUUGGCUUGAUGGCACCAUCCUGGGUGUGGUGUUAUAACACAGUAGUAUCUUUACCUGCACCAACUGAUUUCAGGAUGACCAACAAACUGGAAAAUAAAUGUUGUCUUGUAGCUUAA